AUGGCCGCCACGGCGAUGGUAAGUGGAAAAGAAGGCAAUUUUGUUCUUCAAACAUCUGGCCGCUUUCACUGUCUAUCUUCAACUAGAAAUAUAUUGUUGUGUUAUUUUUUUUCUUCCGAGUUUAAUUUAUCAAGUGAAAUAAAAAGUUAUGAUUUAACGGCAUUUAAAUGUGCUGUCUUUCUACAUUGUUGGUUUGUCAAUGGUGCAGCAGUGGCAGUGCGUGGAUGUUGACGACGCUAGCCAGCUGUGUCAAAUGUGUUUUCAAGCGUAAAUCUACAAUACAGUAAUGUGCCUAUAUAGUUACUUAGUUCUUACUGUGUAUGUUGAUCAGAAAGGAAAUGUAUUUCGAUUAGUUACUGUAGACAGUUAAUAGUAAUAAUUGACAGCGUAGCCCUUGGCUUUGGUAUAGCUAGGCUAACGUUAUAUGUCUAGCCAACAACAUACUACAGAAAUGUAGCUAGUUAGUGUCUCAAUCAUAAUAUAACAUAAGCUACGCAUACGCUUGCGAAAAGUUGUAGUUACUGGGAAUGCGAAGCACGUAGUUUUCAUGUGGCAGUUGGCUAGCUAACCAUAGCCAGUUUAGCUAGCUAACGUUAGAAGGUUCAUGUUAGCUAUACCAUGGUUCGCUGGCUAGCUAGAAUGUGGCUGGUAACUAGCUAGCUAUGCAUUUCCGCGUUGAUGGGGGUAUUCUAUAAGUUUAGCUAAAGACGAUCUAGCGAUCUCCUUGCUUAGAGUAUCUAUGUGGCUUAUUUAGUUGACAUUUAUGUCAAAACAAUUUAUUAGUAAUGUCACCUAACUAUUUAGCUAGUUAGCUAAUGCUGUGUGGAGAUGUUUUCAUACUCAUUCGUAUACAGAGGUAGCUAACUAGCUGGCUAACUAAUUAAUCAUUUGAGGCGAGAUUAAUACGAUAACGUUAACUACGUUGGGUUGUUUGGUUUAUUGUUUUUAUCAACAUUUAACUUUUCAGUGUUAGAUGUUUCACUGCUAUCGCAUAAUGAUCAUCUUCGUCCCCGCCCAUCUCCAGAAUCAAUGCAGAACGGUUAUGGUCAGAUUAUGGUCAUGGAUAAAGUGGUUUUGUAAGCACUCCACACAGGAAAGGAAAAUCAAGUUUGACUGGUGUGCUGUUAGGGCAAUGUUUGCCUGCUAAAUCUUGUGCUCUCUCUCUGAGUGAAAGGGUUAUAUAGCCUACACCUGUGUCACUUUCCGUUACCACUCCCUGUUGCUAAUAUUUAGGAUUUAUUGCACAGGGCUGGUUUACCAGACACAGAUUGAGCUCCUGGACUAAAAAGCACUUUCAAUGCAAUUUCCCAUUCGCAAUUUUUUUGGGGGUCCAGUACUAGGUUUAACCUGGGUCUGGGAACCCUGGCUAAGGUGUCCUCCCUCCCCAGCUGUAAAAUAAUGUAUUGUUCAAAUAUUUGUCAUGCAGUGUUAUUGUAACACCCUUAAGCAUACACUAAAUAAUCCUCAAAAUCAUGUUGAAAUAUUAGGGUGUUUCUAUACCAUCAGUGGGUUGUGUAGGCCUACAGUCUAGCCACUGUAACUGGUUAGAUGCACCAUACUGUAGGUCUAUGCCAAGUACACUCUCAACAUUUUGUGCAAGUGAUUGAGCCAUCUUGGAUUGUGCUUGGUACUGUGCACCAAGAAACCUAUUACAUUUUAAUCUGAUUACCAUCAUGACCUCUCAGGUUGAAAAAUGUCUCACCUUACAUUGCCCAAAGGCAUCUCCACACUCCAUUGAUUGCUCAAUUUCCAAAGUGGGUAUGUGGCAACUAGUCUGUUGGUUGUGUUUGUGUGUUACAGGAGACGUGGUUGGCCCUUUUGCUGUUGUCCAUGUUGCCUGGAGGAGUCCAGGCCUUUUACGUGCCUGGAGUUGCGCCAAUGAACUUCCACCAGAACAGUGCUGUAGAGAUUAAGGUAAGCUAAGCAGCCAUACAUUUGUCUUACUCCUAACCAUCCUAUGCUUAAUCAGAGAUUACAUUUUACAUUUUAGUCAUUUAGCAGACGCUCUUAUCCAGAGCGACUUACAGUUAGUGAGUGCAUACAUUUUUAUUUUUUAUACUGGAAUCGAACCCACAACCCUGGCGUUGCAAAUGCCAUGCUCUACCAACUGAGCUACAUCCCUGCCGGCCAUUCCCUCCCCUACCCUGGACGACGCUGGGCCAAUUGUGCGCCGCCCCAUGGGUCUCCCAGUCGCGGCCGGCUGCGACAGAGCCUGGAUUCGAACCAGGAUCUCUAGUGGCACAGCUAGCACUGCGAUGCAAUGCCUUAGACCACUGCGCCACUCGGGAGAUCUAAUACUAAUACUUUUUUGGCCUGUGUUUGUUUCUGCCUUGGCUUUUUAUGGAUUUACUAAGUUGGCAUUGUUUGGUUUUCUAAGUAUGAUGUACGGUACCAUAACCUAAGUUUGAUAGAUGGACAAAAGCUUGUUAGCGCAAAGGCUUUCUGAGGCAGGCUGAGGUGGACACUAGUAUUGGUUGUGUAGCCUAUUUGCAUGCUGUUGGCAGGUUAGGCAGUCAGUCACUCAAAUGAAUGAGCACAUUGAUUUCCCCCAGGCCGUGAAGCUGACCAGCUCCCGGACUCAGCUUCCCUAUGAAUACUAUUCCCUGCCCUUCUGUCAGCCUGACAAAGUGGUCUACAAAGCGGAGAACCUGGGUAAGUAAGCGGCUCUCCUCUCAUGCAGAAGUGUUGUUCUAUGCGUCUUGUGUCGUUGUUUGGAAGGUUUGCUGUUUGCUUGUGUACUGUGUUUAUUUGCUAAUGAUUUGUCUUUGUAUGUGAUUCAUAAUAAUCUGUUGCACCUAAAGGCCCACACCAGAUACUCGUACUAACGUUGUAGUUCACUGUGUGUGUGUGUGUGUGUGUGUGUGUGUGUGUGCGCGCAGGUGAGGUGCUACGCGGGGACCGUAUUGUCAACACCCCUUACUCGGUACUCAUGACCCAGGACAGGAAGUGUGAGGCGGUUUGUGCCAAGCUGAAACUCAACGUGCAGCAGAGUAAGCUGGUGGCUGAGCGAAUCCAAGAUGAAUACUAUGUUCACCUGUGAGUGCCUUUCCUCAUUACUCUCGCUCGCUCUCUUCUUUAGAGAAACAGUCAGCAAGCCUGUGAAUCAUCUCCCAAUGGAUCAAUAAAAUUAGGCAGCGCAUUUAUCAGGUUUCUGUGUAAAAUGCUGCUGUAUGCUCCAUGUUAAUCCUCUCUAUAAACUCCCACAGCAUUGCAGACAACCUCCCAGUGGCCACGCGGCUGGAGUUCUACCCCAACAGAGAGGCAGGGGCUGAGGAGAAGGAUGUGGUGAAGGAUGUUCAGUUUGAACACGGCUACAGGUUGGGCUUCACUGAAAACAGCAAGGUACUGAACCUCUUUACAAGGGCCUAUCUAAAGAAUGGAGAGAGAGCAUGGACAAAUCCGUAUGAGAUUAGGGGAGUGGAACUCUGAAUCUUUCUUGUAUCUAUUUGACUCCCUACACUUUUCAGAUAUAAAGAAAAGGCAGUCUGAAGAAGUGGUUAAAGACUGCAGAGUUUUGUCUAGAUAUAAAAAGUGUUUAUAGAAGAGAUCUUGUGGUUCAUUAGAGUUAUCUUUAGGGCAGGGGUUCUUAACAUUUUCCAGCUUGAGGCUUAAAUGAGUACUUGACCGUCCACCCGUGACCCAACUCGUCCUCCAACGACCCAAAUUAAGAAAAAACUGUUUGUGAUUAUAGAUGUGUUCUGAUAACUCACGAUCCACCUCUCACAUGCCCAAGGCCCACUUUGGGUCCCAAGUCAACCCAUAGUUUAAGAAACCCUGCUUUAGGAUGUUUGCAUUCUGUUGUCUCUACUAUAGUUCUACCUACACAUCUACCUGUCCUACAUUCUGUUGUCUCUCUACUAUAGUUCUACCUACACAUCCACCUGUCCUACAUUCUGUUGUCUCUCUACUAUAGUUCUACCUACACAUCUACCUGUCCUACAUUCUGUUGUCUCUCUACUAUAGUUCUACCUACACAUCCACCUGUCCUACAUUCUGUUGUCUCUCUCUACUAUAGUUCUACCUACACAUCUACCUGUCCUACAUUCUGUUGUCUCUCUCUACUAUAGUUCUACCUACACAUCUACCUGUCCUACAUUCUGUUGUCUCUCUCUACUAUAGUUCUACCUGUCCUACAUUCUGUUGUCUCUCUCUACUAUAGUUCUACCUACACAUCUACCUGUCCUACAUUCUGUUGUCUCUACUAUAGUUCUACCUACACAUCUACCUGUCCUACAUUCUGUUGUCUCUCUACUAUAGUUCUACCUACAUAACCACCUGUCCUACAUUCUGUUGUCUCUCUCUACUAUAGUUCUACCUACAUAACCACCUGUCCUACAUUCUGUUGUCUCUCUCUACUAUAGUUCUACCUACAUAACCACCUGUCCUACAUUCUGUUGUCUCUCUCUACUAUAGUUCUACCUACACAUAUACCUGUCCUACAUUCUGUUGUCUCUCUCUACUAUAGUUCUACCUACACAUCUACCUGUCCUACAUUAUGUUGUCUCUCUCUACUAUAGUUCUACCUACACAUCUACCUGUCCUACAUUCUGUUGUCUCUCUACUAUAGUUCUACCUACAUAACCACCUGUCCUACAUUCUGUUGUCUCUCUACUAUAGUUCUACCUACACAACCACCUGUCCUACAUUCUGUUGUCUCUCUCUACUAUAGUUCUACCUACACAUCCACCUGUCCUACAUUCUGUUGUCUCUCUACUAUAGUUCUACCUACACAUCUACCUGUCCUACAUUCUGUUGUCUCUCUACUAUAGUUCUACCUACACAUCCACCUGUCCUACAUUCUGUUGUCUCUCUACUAUAGUUCUACCUACAUAACCACCUGUCCUACAUUCUGUUGUCUCUCUCUACUAUAGUUCUACCUACACAUCUACCUGUCCUACAUUCUGUUGUCUCUCUACUAUAGUUCUACCUACACAUAUACCUGUCCUACAUUCUGUUGUCUCUCUCUACUAUAGUUCUACCUACACAUCCACCUGUCCUACAUUCUGUUGUCUCUCUACUAUAGUUCUACCUACACAUCUACCUGUCCUACAUUCUGUUGUCUCUCUACUAUAGUUCUACCUACACAUCCACCUGUCCUACAUUCUGUUGUCUCUCUACUAUAGUUCUACCUACAUAACCACCUGUCCUACAUUCUGUUGUCUCGCUCUACUAUAGUUCUACCUACACAACCACCUGUCCUUCAUCAUCUACUACCACAAGGAGAAGGUGGAGGAGGAGGAGGAGCAUAACUACAGAGUUGUACGUUUUGAGGUGGUUCCCCAGAGUGUCAAGGUGGAGGGUAAGUUCCACAGAUUCCUGUCUGAGGUAGGAACGGGUUAUUUCAGGUGGUUCCCAGAGUGUCAAGGUGGAGGGUUAUUUAAGCCCAAUAAACAGUGACAAGCGUUAGAAAAUACAGGAGUGGAGGCUGCUGAGGGGAGGACGGCUCAUAAUAAGGGCUGGAACGGAGCAAAUGGAAUGGCAUCAAAUACAUGGAAACAUAUUGUUUGAUGUUGAUACUUUCCACCUGUUCUGCUCCAGUCAUUACCACGUGCCCCUCCCCAAUUUAGACGCCACCAACCUCCUGUGAAAUACAGCGUGUGUUUCUGUCCUUCCCCCUCAAUCUGUCUGUCUGGAUCCCUUUGCAGACCUGAAGGCUGAUGAUAAGGGGGCGUGUACCCUGCCUGAGGCCACUAACUCCGCUCCUCAGGAGAUUGACCCCUCCAAGGAGAAUGAGGUUCUCUUCACCUACUCCGUCCACUGGGAGGUAAGUGGCAUGGACUUUCCCUUUAUGUUUGACCGUUAGGUCUCAGCAAUGGCAAAGAUUUAGAAUGUUCCUCUGUAAAAUGUGUUGAGACGUUGUGGUGCACUUUAAAUAGAAUGUGCCUUGACUUGGCUGGCUACAUUGAUUUUAGAGGACCUCUUCACUGAGGAAUGUGGUUAUUUGUUUUUGUUCAAUAUAUUUUUCUUUGUGCGUUUGCUAGGCUCCUGCCUGGAUUGUAUAAUUGCUUGUCUUGUAAUGCAAGGUUCUCUAGAUGAAGAGACCGUGGUCUCAUUGGGACGCCCCUUCCUAAGAAAUUGAAAUUGACCCCCUGUUUGUCUCUCCCCUGUAGGAGAGCCAGGUGAAGUGGGCAUCCCGCUGGGACACCUACCUGACCAUGAGUGACGUGCAGAUCCACUGGUUCUCCAUCGUCAACUCAGUGGUGGUGGUCUUCUUCCUGUCCGGCAUCCUCAGUAUGAUCAUCAUCAGGACCUUGAGGAAGGACAUCGCCAACUACAACAGAGAGGAUGACAUAGUAGGAGACCACACUCACUCAUGAAUAUGAGAUGGCUUUGGCAUUUGACAGCACUUUGUCUGUGACAGUAGCUGCAGAGAGACUCUCAGUUAAAUAAGUGUGAGACUGCAGAGAGAUUUGGAUUUAAAAUGCUGCAUGUGUUGUGUUCACACUCUAAAGAAGAGUAUUUGCUUCUUCAUGUUGUGUGAAUGGAUGCGGGUAGUGUGUCUGUAAAAUACCAAUGUCUAUCUUCGCCAGGAGGACACCAUGGAGGAGUCAGGCUGGAAGAAUGUCCAUGGUGACGUGUUCAGACCACCACAGUAUCCCAUGAUCCUCAGCUCUCUGCUGGGCUCAGGCAUACAGCUCUUCUGCAUGAUCCUCAUCGUUAUCUGUGAGUGUGCUGUAAACAGACUCUUAGAACCUCGUUUCAAAAGUAUUCUAUCUACCAACUGCCAUUUCCAUCAAUGAUGUGUAUUGUAAUCUCUGGAUAAGGGCCAUCCAUCACAACUGGAGAUGAAAGUGUGGUAUUGUGUCACUGUGACAUGGGGCUGAAGCUGCAGUGUUUUAUCUGUCCUGUAGUCGUGGCCAUGUUGGGGAUGCUGUCUCCUUCCAGUAGAGGGGCCCUGAUGACCACUUCCUGUUUCCUGUUUAUGUUCAUGGGGUGAGACACGAGAGAGUCACCCACCUUAUGUCUCUGGCCCAAUCCCAAAUGGACCCCUAAGCACUUGUGGAGAUUUGAUCAGUAUAAGCCAUAUGGUGAAAGUUGCCCCUAGCCCGUCAGAGGGCAUGGUAGAGGGAGAGAUUUCUAGAUGGCUUACACCUAUCAAAUCCUCUCAGAAAUCCACCCGUAAAUUGGGCGUAGUAUAGGUCUUAUGGGUCCCUUUGGGGUUGGGCCUUCUGGCUGUGGUCUGUCUGCUGUCUAUACACUGUGGGAGAGCCGUCAGUAUGACUGUUUUCUCUUCCAGUGUGUUCGGUGGAUACUUUGCUGGCAGGCUCUACCGCACGCUGAAAGGCCAUCGGUGGAAGAAGGGAGCUUUCUGUGUGAGUACUUCAAAUGGACACUAUCAACAACUAAUGGUGUAUGUUUACCCUGUAUGUUUAAGCAAACUUAGUGUCCUGUUGCCUACUAUUGAUGUGUGACUCUCCCUGCUCUGCUCUGCCUGCAGACGGCCACUCUGUACCCUGCCGUAGUGUUCUCCAUCUGUUUCGUUCUCAACUGUUUCAUCUGGGGAGAACACUCGUCUGGAGCGGUGAGAUAGCUAGUCUCCUAUAUACAGGAUCACUGUAUAACAUCAACACAUUCACUGUCAGAACUAGGACCGGUGUUGGUGUGUACCACACAGCAUAAUAAGGACUGUAUCUCUUAGUUGAACUAGGAUAGUGAUGUCUCCUCAGGUCCCCUUCACCACCAUGCUGGCUCUACUGUGCAUGUGGUUCGGUAUCUCGAUGCCCCUGGUGUACCUGGGCUACUACUUUGGCUUCCGCAAGCAGCCGUACGAUAACCCUGUCCGCACCAAUCAGAUCCCUCGCCAGGUGCCCGAGCAGCGCUGGUACAUGAACAAGUUUGUGGGGUGAGUGUCCUGUCAAGCCUGGCUACUUCUCUGCUCUGGAGCGAUCAAUGCGUUCUCUUCUUCUGCGUCAAGCAAAACAUUUCCUCCAUACGCAGUCACAUAACUUGUCAUUUUAAAUCACUGUUAAUCUAAAUGCAGUGUCAUUUCCUCAUAUGCAGUCACACAACUUGUCAUAACAUCUUUUUUCUCUUUUCAAAGAAUCCUAAUGGCUGGGAUUCUACCGUUUGGUGCCAUGUUCAUUGAGCUCUUCUUCAUCUUCAGUGUGAGUAGAAGUCCUCUCCUAUAGCAUGUAUUGCCAGUUGGAAUAGGAAUUUAGAGGUGGACAAAAAGGGGGCCGUCGUUGGUAAAGUCGAUCAAAAAUCAAUCCUGUUUGAUUACAAGACACCGCUAGGGAUGGGCGCGGUUAAUCGAAUAUCCGGAUAUCCCAACGGACUUCAGUAUAAACACUUUUGUUAAAUACAUUAUUUUGGCCUAUUUUAACAAUGGAAAAAGCUUUCGUCUAAAUUAAAUUGUGUGUGUUACAUGGUUACACACAAGGAUAUACCGUGACAUUCGCAAUACUUAAUUUAAUAAAACAACAAACGUUAAAAUGUAGUGUUUAUGUACGGCGCAAUCAGCUACUUCAGACGUCACAUGGCUUUGACAGAACAUUGCCCACUUAUCUGCUGUGGUGGCAUUUUGCGUCAUUCUGAUUGGUCAAGAGAGUAGAGCAAAAAAAAUACAUGUUUUACUUUUGGGGCAUUUCGACUAGCCCAUCCCUAAACACCACCCAGGACAGAAGCAGAGCAAAUGUCUUAGCUGGCGUUCUGUGACCAGGGCCUUAUAUCCUAAUCAAAAAGCCUCAAAUGUUCUGUAAACACCAGCCUGUACGAAGUCAAACCAAAUGUUCUGUAAACACCAGCUUGUACGAAGUCAAACCAAAUGUUCUGUAAACACCAGCCUGUACGAAGUCAAACCAAAUGUUCUGUAAACAACAGCUUGUACGAAGUCAAACCAAAUGUUCUGUAAACACCAGCCUGUACGAAGUCAAACCAAAUGUUAUGUAAACACCAGCCUGUACGAAGUCAAACCAAAUGUUCUGUAAACACCAGCCAGUAUGAAAUCAAACCAAAUGUUAUGUAAACACCAACCUUUUACGAAAUCAAACCAAAUGUUCUGUAAACACCAGCCAGUAUGAAAUCAAACCAGAUGUUCUGUAAACACCAGCCAGUAUGAAAUCAAACCAGAUGUUCUGUAAACACCAGCCUGAGAGGCUUGUAGGAAGUCAAAACAAAAAAGCAGUGACAGCCAGAAUCUGUGUUGUAGUACUCGAGUCCACAUGUUGUGUGUCGGACACAUCUUGACUCGGUCUCUGACAAUGAGGACUCACAAUUUCUUCCCGAGACCAGCGGAGUAAAAACCUCAUCAGCUUCCAUUCAGUCAGCGCAUACAACCUCUUUGCCAGGCCAAAUAUCCACACUCCUUUAAUGACACAUUCAUAUCGUAUCGCCUAUUAUAAACUGGGUGGUUCGUGUCCUGAAUGCUGAUUGGCUGACAGCCGAUGUAUAUCAGACCCUAUACCACGUGUAUGACAAAACAUGUAUUUUUACUGCUCUAAUUAUGUUGGUAACCAGUUUAUAAUAUCAAUAAGGCGCCUCGGGUUUGUGGUAUAUGGCCAAUAUACCACGACUAAGGGCUGUAUCCAGAACAGUCCUUAGCCGUGGUAUAUUGGCCAUAUACGAGAACCUGGGCUUCCUACUUUACUCGUAACAUUACUGUCCUUUACUUUCGUAGAAAAAUAUCCUCGAACUUUGUCGCUCAUCAUCAAAACUUCCUUAAUUCGCUGGUAGGGAAGAAGUUGCGCGCUCACUAUUAGUAAAGGGAGACCGGGAGAAGUUGUAACCUCUUUAGUAUUUUUGUCUAUUUUAGACGUGUUUGGGUUAGUGAUCAUUUGUAGAGUGGCACUCUAUUUUCCCUCAGCAUGCAAUUUUUUUCACCAUUCUGAAUGUCUAAAGCAGCCUUAAAGUAUGGGUCGCAGACAUGUUAAAAAAUAUAUAUGUUCUGAGUCUAACCCAUGUUGUCUGCUGUACGUGGCUCUGAUCCGCUCUGUGUUCUGAGUCUAACCCAGGUUGUCUCUGCUAUAUGUUCUGAGUCUAACCCAGGUUGUCUCUGCUAUGUGUUCUGAGUCUAACCCAUGUUUUCUGCUGUACGUGGCUCUGAUCCGCUCUGUGUUCUGAGUCUAACCCAGGUUCUCUGCUAUGUGUUCUGAGUCUAACCCAGGUUGUCUCUGCUAUGUGUUCUGAGUCUAACCCAGGUUGUCUGCUGUACGUGGCUCUGAUCCGCUCUGUGUUCUGAGUCUAACCCAUGUUGUCUGCUGUACGUGGCUCUGAUCCGCUGUAUGUGUUCUGAGUCUAACCCAGGUUGUCUCUGCUGUACAUGGCUCUAGUCUACGAGGUGUUGUCUGACUGUAAGUCCUCCCUCUGCAGGCCAUCUGGGAGAACCAGUUCUACUACCUGUUUGGUUUCCUCUUCCUGGUGUUCAUCAUCCUGGUGGUGUCCUGCUCCCAGAUCAGUAUCGUCAUGGUCUACUUCCAGCUCUGUGCAGAGGUGAGGCGGUGCCCUGUUGUGUGGGUGCUGUGAUUGUAUAUGUGGCGUUGCAUAGUGAAAACAGAGGUUCAGAGAGAUUCAGAUAUUAACUUCUCAACCACAGUAGUUCAGUAGAACUUGAUAGAGACGGGAGGUCUCGUAGGAUGAUGGGUGGGUUGCCCCACUAGUUGUGAUGUCACAGACCUACCAACUGUGUGGUCCUGUGUCUGUCUGUCUCCUGCAGGACUACCGGUGGUGGUGGAGGGCCUUCCUGGUAUCAGGGGGCUCAGCCUUCUACGUCCUUGUUUACGCCAUUUUCUACUUUGUCAACAAGGUAAACGUCGAAGACGUAUUGAGAUGAACUUUGGGAUAAGUUUGAAUAAGGUUGUUUAGCAUGCUUACAUUGGGUGGUCGCUGUCCUACAACAAGUUGACGUGUGUUUCUGUCUUCCAGCUGGACAUUGUGGAGUUUAUCCCUUCCCUGUUGUACUUUGGUUACACGGCUCUCAUGGUCCUGUCCUUCUGGCUCCUUACGGGGACAAUCGGCUUUUACGCAGCGUACAUGUUCAUACGGAAGAUCUACGCUGCCGUCAAAAUCGACUGAGUUUGUUUCAGCUGUAUUUUUUUUGUUGUUGCCACAUUCUUUUUCAUUUUUUAAAUUGUAUACUUUAUGUCGAGCAAACACUGACUUGUGUGUAUGGAAGCAAGGAAGCGUGAGGUGGUGUUUGUGGAACAGUGCCCCCCCAUUGGCAUGGAGCGAGAACAGCAACACGUCGCUGCCUGCAAACUCAACGAUCUCCCUCCCUCCGUUAUUGGAUGUCCACAGAGACACAGCGAGAUUUCCUCUGGGACAGUCAAUGUUUCCUACUGUGUUUCACCGUGUACACACCAUGGGCCAAAGCAUGUCAAAUGAAACAGUCUCUGUAUGUUUUACGGUCUGCUUUUGGAGAUGGGCAAGCCUGGGUUGCCCGGGAGGACUCAGAAUUGCAUUGGUUCAGAACUUCACGUUAUCGUUUUAAAAUCAGUUCCCUGUAAGAUAUUUUAGUCUGACUUCUUUCACUCUCUCUCUGUAAAGUUAGUUUAUUUUCUUUAUUCCAGAUACUUUUAUGAUCAGAGGAUGGUUGGGAGGUCACACUUGUAAUGUUGCUAAUAAGUUGUUCUUUAUUUGCUCUGAAAUUAUGCUGGGAAAUGGAAAUCUAACAUUGGAACAGGCAAGGAUAUGCAGAUAUUUUUACUGCAGGUGUUUCCUGAUGUGACCAUUUCAGCCACAACUAAAAUCAUAAUCUCAAUUUGUCUCUCACAUUGAGGCAACAGAUUGUCUAAAAUGUAUCUUAAAGCAACUGAAUUUCAAUGUGUAGAAGCAUAAAUUUAAUUUUCUCUUUAAAUACUAUUUACAUGAAUGAAUGAAUGAAUUAAUUAAUGUGCUAGGGAGGCCAAUUUGGCUUAAGGUGGUUGAAAUAGGAAAUGUUAUGGAAUGAAAGUAAAUGUCUAUGAAAAUUAGUAUUCUCAUCUUCAAAUCACCUUUUAUAAUUUCUGGGCGUUAACCUAGGAGAAACAACGUGUUUAAAAUGGUUGGACACAUUGCCUAGCAAUGCAAUGUAAACUGCUCCAUGGUCCCACUGAACUAUGCAUUUUUUUGGAAAAGGUUGAGACUGCUCUUUGGUUUCAUAAAGGUCAUGUUAAAUGUUUUUUGAGUUUAGUGUCAGUGAGACACUGCUAUUCUAACAGAAGUUAUCUAUCGGUUAUCCCUGAGCAUCAAUGUCUUCUAGGGUUGCCUUAGAAACAAGAUUCUGUAAUUGAGCAUCUAAAUGGAGUACAGUUGUUUCCCAUAAACAACGAGCCAAGUCAGUGCUGUAUAAGAUCGACAAUGUGGUUUAGAUUGUCGAUAGGCUGACAUAGUGUACCUUUUAUGAACCUGUUGUAUUGUCUGAAUGGGCUGAUUGUUCACUGGGUUUACUCUCUGUUACCCAGAGUUAGAAUUCUCCACGAGUGGUUCACAUCGUCUUGUAGCUGUAGUUGCUCUGAUUGUGGAGACUGAAAUGCUGAAGAUCCUGUAUGUUAAAACACUGUCCCUACACAACAGAAAGUGGGGUGAAGGGGAUUCAAAACAUUAAAGACCUUUCUGUCGUGGGCAUAUUUUACUCCCAUUUACUUUAUUCUAUGGGCCAGUUCCUCAAACCCAGAUUAAGCCUGGUCCUGGAUUAAACAUUCUCAAUGGAGAAUUGCCAUUGAAAGGUAAUUUUAGUCCAGGAAUAGGUUUAAUUUAUUUAGGUCCAGGAAACUGGGUCUAUAAGUUUGAGAGCCGACCUUUCAGGAACGCAACUUUUAGGUCGACAUUAUUACCCCACCAGUUUUUCCCUUGAUCAAGAGCAUAGAAUCCUACGUGUGGACAGGCCGUCUGGUGGAGGUCUGGCACAGCUGAGGGUGUUGGGAUAGAGCUGCACUGGACGAGAAAGGGAGGAGACCGGCGCUGAGGGGGAAUUACUCCAUGUAAUGUAGUGAACCACUGAAUUAAUCGUACUUCUCCGCUCUCCUUUUAACUUUUCUCACUUUAUCUCUUUCUGUCAUUCUCUGCCCCUCUCACACGUUCACUUCCACAGUCAGUCUUGCAUCAGUGUUUUUCUUCCCUCUGUAAAGCCUUGUUCAAACUGCAGGCGUUAAUGCUCAAAUCAAUUUUGUUUUUCCAACAGCAACUUGCUGUUUGUUGUCCAAACAUCAAGUUACUAAUGACCAAAUCGGAUUGGAAAAAAAAAAAAAAA